CCUUAUUUUAUAAUUUUUAAAAUUUGAAUUUGGAUAUAAAUUUUUCUCUUUGCCCAUAACCUUUUCUCUUUCUCAGUGGUUCAUGAAACUUUUUUCGCUCAAGGGGAAGGAAGAAGGUGCUCGCUGGUAGGAAGAAAAAAUGGAGAAGAACCAUUUCGGAUCGAUUUCAGAGCGUUCUGUGUGAGGUGCUCACGAGGAUGAUUUCAGCAUCUCUUACGAAACCAUUGGACGUGGUGAAGACGCGGUUGAUGAUGUUGGUGCGCGACGAGGGUUAUUAGAGUAGAAUGAAUGAAUGAAGAAAAAUGUUUACUGUUGUAUAAUCUUUGUUAAAAAAGUUAAUAUUUAAUUAUUACAUUAGAUAUUUAAUGUGAUUGAAUAAAUAAAUAAAUAAUUUAGAUAAAAUAUUACUAUAUUAUUUGUUAGAAUAAAUGUAUCAUCUUGUAUUUUUUUAUAUAUAAUUUAGAUAUAAAUAGCUCUUCGUAUAAACAGUCCUAAAUUUUAUUCACAGCAGAAAUAUUGCAUACUCAAGCUUGUGCUGGUCAAAAGUGAAGAGACAUGAAACACUUUCUCAAAGCAAUGUUGAACCAAUGGACCCCACUUGGAACCCUUUUACGAUACUUCUCAGAAAUUUGCAUCACAUGGACAUUUUAUUUACAUUCAUUUUUCUAGUUCUUUAAUUGUUGUAAAAGAGUCUAGUUAUUCUCUCUUGCAUCUCAGAAUUUCUUGUGCUCAGGUAAAGAAUUUUUGUUUCAUUCUCUCCCAUAAGAACUGUGAUCUGUUUUCAAUUUUACCUCUGAAUAGAAAUAAUGGAUAUGGUUAAUUUGGUAUCUUCUGGUUUUCUCUUCUAUCUAUGCUCAUGUUGAGGAGAAGUGUCAAGAACAAAGGGAAAUAUAAAAACAUUUUCUAUCUCUUCAAUUGUAGUGUUAUACUCAUUGCAGGUGCAAGAUGGUUGAGCAGAGAAUUAUGAGUGUUGUUCCAUCUUCCUCUAACUCUUGUACAAAAAAAUAUGAUGUUUUUAUAAGCUAUCGAGGUAAAGACACACGCAAGAACUUCAGCACCCAUCUUUAUGAGGCUUUGAUGCAAAAGAAAGUGGAAACCUAUGUAGAUGAAGAUAUUGAAAAGGGUAAUGAAAUCUCAGCAGCACUCAUGAAAGCCAUUGAAGAUUCUCGUGUAUCUAUUGUUGUGUUUUCAAAGAAUUUUGCUUCUUCAAAGUGGUGCUUGAAUGAACUCAUAAAGAUUAUGGAUUGCAAGAAAGAGUUGGGACAGAUUGUAAUACCAGUGUUCUACAACACAGAUCCAUCCCAUGUCAGGAACCAAACUGGGAGGUUUAUGGAGAGCUUUGUAAAACAUGAAGGAGAACCCAACUGCAUAAAAUGGAAAACUGCUCUCACUCAAGCAGCCAACUUAGCUGGAUGGAGCUCUCAAAAUUAUAGGACUGACUCUGAAUUACUUAAGGACAUUGUUGAAGAUGUUUUGGAAAAAUUGCCUCCUAGAUGCAGAAACCAAUGUAAAGGAUGGUGGAAAACCUUACACGGAAAGCCCAGCUUCAAGCAAUUGCAAAUGAAGAAAGUGCCAAAUGCAAAGCAGCAGAGAAAGUGAUCAAGUCACUUACUUCACAGGUAAGUCUUUACUCAAAAUUGGUGGAAGAAUGGUUUAUUCAACCUGCUAAAUGAAUCCUAUUGAGAAUGAAGUUGUGGUUGCUGAGGUAAUCUACCUUGAAUGCUCUAUACUUAGAUAAUCUCUGGUAGUUCUUAUGUUUACUGAUAAAAGUACUUUCAUAUUUUAAGAUCAGCAAAUUGACUUAGAUACUUGCUUUCAGAUAUGUACCCUACAUAAAUUGUAUAUAACUUUGGUCUGAUAUGAAUUUAAUUUGAGAUCUUGCUAUUGUCACAAGUCUGAUUUCUUUGCUUCCAAUUGGAUUCAUGUACAAUUUCAAUUAGCAUUGCACUCAUUACAUUAGGAAUUAGCUACAUCUAUUUGCACAAUUCUGAUUCUGCAUUCACGUUUUGACCAUUGUUGUCACAGAUGGGUUUAAUGUAGCAACCUGGUUUCAUGCAUAAUUGAAUUGUCUUGCUGCUGCUAGGUGCUUACUUUAAUGUUGUCACAUAUAUGUUUUAGGCUGAUUUGUUGUUGUGUUACUCAGGUUUAAUGCUCACAUAAUUCACAUAAUCUCAUCCAGUGUAGCAUCAUUUUCUUAUUUCCAUUCAUGCAUCCAUCUUAGCCAUUAUGCAUUACAAUGAUUGGCUAUAAUUAUAAGUGUUUUUCCAUCAAUUCAUUUUCCAUUCAUCUAUCUUAACACAACUGCAUUGCAUAUGAAUUUGAAUUAAAUUAGGUAUGUUGCUGAGUUAAAAUGCCUGAAGUGAAUAUGGGAUGAUUUAUUUUGCUGUUGUAAUUUGAAUAUCAAUUCUAUCUAGAGUUUGUGUGCACAUGUAGCUGAGUUAAAACAUCCAGAUUUGGCAUUUAGUUUUAGAUAUUGCAUCAUUCAAUUUUGCAUUGCUUUAGGUUGCAUUUGCAUCAUAUUUCUACAUUAUUUUUGUUGUAGUUCCCACAUCAUAUAAGCAUUUUUGUUCUCAGUUCAAAACCUAGCAUUCUAUUUUCACGUUAUACAUCUACAUAGCAUUCAUGUUCCCCCACAUCCAUUGCAGUUGGGCCUUAAUCCAUUUACUAAGUUGUUCUGCAUUUUAGAAUUGGUCAGGAUAAACUUUUGUGCACACUGGUUAACACUUACAUCUAUUCUCCUGCAAGUUUCCAUCAAUUCAAUUGGCAUUCUACACUUCUAUUUUUCUGAUUAAAUUGCUCCAACCAUCAAUUAAAUACAUGCUACCAACAUCUGACUUGUUUGAUGCCACAUGAUAUCUAGAUUUUGAUGUUGUUCUUGGUCUGUAGCAGCAUUUUAUCCGAGCAGGUUUGCAUAUGCAUGUUUCAUUCAUAAGACUUGUUUCAUUCAUGAUUAUUCUUUGUUGAAGUAUCUGUUAUAAAGAAUUGUUCUUAAACAAUCUUUCUUUGCAGAUGUUUGCAAAAGAGGUUAUGAACUUUGUUGAGCCACAAGGUAUCAUCUGGUCAAGGAAGUGUUCAUAAUAUCAAGUACUGCAUUAGAAGGAUGUUAUUUAAUUUUUCAUUAUGUUUAUUUUUCUUAUUUAAAACAAAUAACAUUGUAAUGACUUAUUAAUUUUAACUUUUACACUGUCAUAUUGUAGACUUUGUUCUUUGUCCCUUUUAUAAAUGUUAUA